AUGCUGCAGGGCCUCCGGGAAGGGACCAAUACAGGAAAGGAAUGUGCCCCGGGGCUCCAGCCCGGCACGGAGGAUCUGGGCAAGCCGGGAUUGGGAAGGCGGGCGAGCGGAGCGCCUGCCCCGAGAGCGUUGUCUCAGUCUCACCGGCGUGCCCCAUCCCGCGGAUGUGGUAAAGCGUCGCGCUCCGCCCAAUUAACCAGGCUUCCUGAGCCUCCAGCCCAUCCCCGCUGCCCAGGACAGCUCCGCGCGCCGCGUCCUCCCGCACCUGCGCCCCAGCCCCUGCGCUCGGCUCCUCCUGGCGGUCAAUCCUCUGAGUCGUCCCUCGAGGGACGGAGCCCUAGGGUGGGUGAGAACCGGGUCCUCCCUGCCCGGCAGCUGCAGCCGGCACCGAGGGCGAGCUCCCAGGCUUGGGUCUGCCCCAGGGCCGGAUCCUCCCCGGCCGACACGCGCAGACUUCGGUUCUGCAGAGACCCGCGGCGCCCCCCAAACCGCAGCCUUUCCGAGCCCGCGCCGCCGCCAGGACCCCCGACACCUCGGCCCCAUUUAGGCAGGCGCCCCGCCACUCACCUGAGCGCUGUGCAGCCGGAGACGCUCCCUAGUUCCCCGGUGCCGGGCUCGGGGGUUAGCGCACAGACCCGGGAGAAGGCAACCCGGCUUCUCCGGUCCCCCCCGCAACGUGCAGCUGACAGCUCUCGCACCGGCCGCAGGAGUCGGGGGCGGGGAUGGCCACUCGCGGACAGACGGGGCCGGAGCCGCGCUGCGCACUGGCCACGUCUCGCUCUGGUCCCUUCUCCCGGGUCGGCUGGCGGGCGCCACCAGCACGCGGCCAGUUCUGAGUACUUUGCCCAGAACUUCUCGGCGCGCGCCGCCCGGCGAUUAGCCAGGGGAGCCGCGCAGGGGCGGGAGCGCAGGGGAGGGGCCUGCGAGGCCCGGGGGCGGGGCCCCGAGGGGGCGGGAGGGCGGUAGAGUGACGCACGCUCCCACCAAUCAUAAGUUGCCUUUGGGGAAGGAGGUGGGGCGAUGCCCUAGGAAGAAACCCGCGGAUUCCCUGACGCAGCCGGGGAACUAGGGAUCCCGGAUUCCGGACGGGUUGGGAGGGCGGAGGUAGGCGAGGUCUGCGGCGAGGCACGGUUUGGGGCUGCCGGCGGCCCAGCUCGGUGCCUGCUCGCUGUAGGCGUUCGAGUCUUCCUCUGCCGCCCAGGCUGGAGUGCA